GACAUCCUCAGGAGCGCUUGUUAUGGACGCCUCAGUCUCGGCUCGCCUGGGCUCUAGGCAACAGGGUCGACGCCGAAGCACCGCGUCAAGUAUCCGACUGGGGACAACCCCCGGGAACCGUUCUAAAGAUAGAAAAGCGCGCGUCGGCGUUGCGCUUCGCGUCGCGCUUCCCCGACGACGACGGCGACGACGGUGAGGACGCGGGCAGUGAAACGCACGUCCGCGCGGCGGCACGCGCCUUCGUCGAGGAACGACGACGACGACGACGAGUCGAGGAAGCGACCGAUCGAAGACGGCGAUCGAGGACACGCGACGUCCUUAGGACGGCGAGCGAGCGGGAGCGACGAGGCUCGCUGCGAGGCUCGAGUGACCGCGAAAAAAAGAAAAGAGGAGACCACGAUUAACAUGCCGGCGAUAGAGCAGCCCGAGGAUGCCUGAGAAAUCGUAACUGUUCGCAUACUUGCCAAUGGAGUGGACUUUCGCGAAACGCAAACUAAAACCCGAUACGCCAGCGUGACGAAAUUGCCGAGGAGCAGAUCAAUCCUCCUCCGAGGAGAAGAAGAAGAAGAAGAAGAAGAAGACACGGACCCGUCGUCGUGAAACAAUGAAGGGAUACAAUACGUUCUUUUAACAAAUAUAUCCAAGUUAAAAGAAGAACGGGUUGAAAUAGAGGAAAGGGAGAAGUCUCUCGACUGAGGAGCACAAUACGAGUGAAUGAAAUGUGAGAGGGAAGCCUGAUAAAUACGCGGCAAAAAGCGAGGGAAAUUCAACGGUGGGAGACAGAUGGGUACUGCUGGUGCAGCGAGAGAACGAGGGUAGCCUGUAUGUUAGAGACAGAACGUGCAGAAGAGAGGGGAAGAAGAGACACGGAUGAAGAAAAUUGGAUGAAAUUGCCGGAGGAGAGCAAUUACAGGUAUUCUCGGAGAAAAUGAGAGAAGCAUGAAUCGAUAUAUGGAGCGUCAGUGAUAAAGACGGUGGAAAUCGAUGGUGGGAGGGAUCCAGGAGCGGAAACGGUGAAGCGCAGAUCUCGAAGGGGGAAAAAGCUGCGGGAGUGUGGUUCCUUUCUCUCUAUCUCAAAGUUCGGAGGUGAGAUUAACGUCGGAGGGUGGAAUGGGGAGGUGAGAGAGGCGAAGCUAGAUGGAUGAACUCGCGGGGAAGAAGUUCGCGCGAAGAGAAAGCGCGAGGUUACGCGAGGCUUAAGCGAGGGAUAAUCGCGAUCCAGGAGGAAGAACAGCUCGACCCGGGGGAUGAAGAAGGGCGGCGGGAGAGCGGAUUAAGUGUGCAUCAUGGUACCGCCGCGCUUAAUUAUGAGAGAGGAUAAGUGCGCGCGUGUGCGUGAACGCGCGUGUCAGGAAUACGCCGACCGCGUAGAGUAGGAUCCGCGGCGGGGAAACGGGGAGGGAACGCCGCGCUACGGGGGUGGUUUGUGCUUUGCUCGUCUUCGCUCGCCGACGAUCGUUCACGGUUGACCGACUUCGAAGUGGCCGGGACUCACCCCGGAGCGCACGUGCUGCUUCCGCGAGGAGAUCGAGAUCGCGUCGCAGAGAUACAUGGAUCCACCCCCUGGUCGGAUCGACCUGGACGGCCUCUCAGCGAUCGCGUCGUAACGAUCGAUAGUUCGAUAGAGGUAAGCAUAAGCUCUAAACGUGGACAGAGAUCAGAUUCCUCGAGUUCCGACCACGUGUAUUGUGUUCAGGAGUACAUAGAAGCGAGCAGCAAUCUGCUGAAGAACUCGAGAAGGCUGAGAAGCCAAAGGAUAGCGAAUCGAUUAAAUCGGAGCGUCCUUUCCGCGUUCGAUCCGCGUCGACGCUGGGAGGACCAUAGCUCGAGCAAAGUUGCGUCGACUUCAGCGACAAUCUCCGUGGCGAUACAUAUACAUACAAAUAUAUAUACUAUAUAUAUAAUAUAUGUAUAUAUAUACACACACUCAUACACAUACAUACACGUCGUUCUCGUAGUGCAGUGCAAUCUCUUGUUCCCGCCGAUGCGCCGUGAAUCCCGACGAGGGUGGCAGAAAGCGGAAGUGACACCGGAAUCGAGCGCGAAGUGCAACCGCGCGACCCUCGGCGCUCGGGGACUCGCGAGGUGGUGAUCGAAACCGCCCGUUCUCGUGGGUCGGUGCCGUCCACGACGCAAGGGAGUCUCGCCGGGACCCCCCGGGACUCAUCGCCGCAAUAUGGGUUGCGAACUGAGCAAACUGGCCACCGCAAAAUCACGCAACCAAGCGGGGAACGAUCGCUCGUCGCCGCCGCCGCCGCCGGCCGCAACAGAUCCGCGGCUUCCGCUCACGGCCAGGCAGAAAUUUACGGUUAUCGCCAGCUGGAAAGCGGUCUCCAGGGCGCUGGAGCCCACGGGCAUAUACAUGUUCAUAAGAUUAUUUGAGGAGAACGCCGAGUUAUUAAACAUGUUCACGAAAUUCCGGGAAAUGAAGACGAAGGAGCAGCAGUCGUCGAGUAUGGAGCUGGCCGAGCACGCGAAAACGGUCAUGACCACCCUCGACGAAGGGAUCAAGAGUCUGGACGAUAUGGACGCGUUCCUGACGUAUCUCCACAACGUCGGAGCCUCCCACACAAAAAUCCCCGGCUUCAAUCGUCAAUACUUUUGGAAAAUCGAGAAGCCAUUCCUGGACGCGGUGGAACGCACGCUGGAGGACCGGUACUCGGAAAACGUGGAGACCAUCUACAAGCUGACGAUCAAGUUCAUCAUCGAGACGCUGAUCGACGGCUUCGACAAGGCACAGAGCGACAAGGCCAAGUCCUAGUCGUCCUAGUCCCGAGGAUCCGGCACGCACGCGAUCGCCCUCGAUCCCGCGAGAUGUUGACCGCCGCCCUCCGCCCCCUUCGCGGUUUGCUCGGCACCCCGAAGUCUGGAACGGGAAUGAGCCAGCCGAUUCUACAGUGGACGACGAACGGACAAUCGCCUUGGACGUUGGAUCGUCCUUGCGCCGGUUCGCGCGACGCCGAUUCGUCGUCAUUUCGACGAGUAACGAACGAGACUCUCGAGAGAAACGCGAAUACGCGAGUUCGCGUUGACCGCUUGCCGGCCUGAGGUCUCUCUCUCUCUUUCUCUCUAUCUCUCUCUUUCUCUCUGCUUCGAGCGGUCCUUCAAACGUCUCCGGAUAUUGAGUGCAGUCUCGAGUCUGGCCCUUCGGGACUCCCUCGCGACGCGAAGCGAGAGAGAGAGAAACCGCUCGCAAUGGUCUUUCCCGAUGGUCAAAGGGUCCUCGACGGUCCUGGACGAUCCGAUUAAUUUCAGUUGAUUGAUUCUCGAUGCUACAGACGCGCGACAGCGAUCUCUGCUUGCGACUUACUCGAGGGUCUCAAGAAACGUACAGAGAUAUUUAAGAGACGCCUAAAGAUUCGAAUGUUUCUUUUAUUAAGGGUGUGAUUUAGUUUUGAGGGUUUUUUUUGCUCAAAAACGCAUGUAUUUAAAUAUGAUAA